AUGAGUACACCGUGCACGGCUAAUGUCGACUACCUGCUUACGGCAGAGUUUGACAACAGGUUUGGUCCUGUCGUUAGGGAUCAAUACCCAUCAGUCAUUCCAGGGUUUGAAUACGAAAUGAGAGAAGGCCAUAGUCAAAACAAUGCCGUCUUUAAUCUAGCAAGCUUAAUGAUACCCAACAAUGCAGAAUACAAUACGGGUGAUGAACCGGAUACAACUGUAUUCAUGCUCUAUAGGAAUCGUGAGACGGUGAAAUACGAGCUAUUCCCCUCUAAGCAAGUGGAUCAAGUCAUUUGCUUUGUGAACGUGGUUUAUGCACAGGAGGAUAAAUCUAAUAGUAGGGGUACGAACAUCAAAGCGGUUGCGUUAGGGACAACGAUGGUAGAUUUCAUAGCGUUUAAACCAUUUGUAUUGGAAUGCUUGCAUAAAUUUAUGAAAUUGAAAAAUAAAGACGAUAUAACCCCCAUGUUGAAGUCAUGCUUUAAAUUACUAAACAGAGCUGAAUUGAGCUUCGUUAAGAGGCUUCAUAGUAAUCCUAUUAGACAGUCUCUUCUGCGAUCAUUAGGCGAUGACACACGACUGGAAAAAUGGAUCGAUGAAGCAAGCUUUGGUAGGUUCAUGUUCAAAGGACUACUAAGGUGUCACCAUCAUGACAAGUAUACCAAUCGCAUAACACUUCGAAGAGGUAAAAUUAGCAUUAAAUUGCAAGGUUAUAGACCCAAGAGAGAAUUUGCCGAUUUGUCUAAAAUACCACUUGAAUUUGAUGCCGUUACGUGGGGGUCCAUAAAUUGGAAUGUGAAAUAUGAUACCAAAAUUUCUAAAUUUUUAUUAAAUUUCAUUCCGCUAUUGCAUAAAAGAGACGCUAACGACAGUUUCCAUUUCAAAUUAGUAAUUUAUUCUUCGCAAUAUAAAGGUUCAGGACUAUCACAAUUUGCCAUUGCCCUUUCGAACUUAAUGGGGCUAACCAAUGGUACCAGGUCUUUCUCCAAUAAACCAUGCCUUACAUUACCAUUUGUAGACGUUUCCAUAAUUGGUCCAUUAAAGGAAUACCUAGCGUUACAAGAUCGUGGAAUAUUCUUAAUUAUGGGGACUACAAAUCCAAUUUUCAAAUCACAAGAUGGACUUUAUGACUACUAUUACGACUUAGAUAAUGAAUUGAUCAGUGAAGCUGCUAAUGGUGAGGGUAAAAUUACACCGAUUACAUCAAAUAAAUGGGACAUGACUGCUUUUAAAAGGCUAUUAACCAUAAACUCCAUCUCGCCUACCUCCUCGAUAGAAACUCCUCGAAUAGGGUUUUUACAAAAGAUAAUAGAAUCUAUCGAUGAAAAGGCUAUCAAUUUUUCCGAGAUAGUAUUAGCAUUCCAAAAGGUUAACGUCAUGCAAUUGCUACAGUUAGAUUGUCGAAUGGAAAAUAUCAAUCCUGGAGAUUUAUUUGAUGAAUACAUUACGAAAUACAGAGAUGGUGUGGUUUUCCAAGAGAUAUUCGAAGCCGAGAGUUUUAGAAUUUUACAGUUAUUGAGGACAAUAAACGAUAUAAUGUCUAGGUUGUAUCAGCUCAAUUUGCCAUUACUAGAUAGAACCGAUUUAUUGUGCCUAUUAGAUGAUCUAUUUUCAGAAAUCUAUUCUUUCAUUAAUACAGAUGAGGAUCAUUUGGAAAAAUUCUUAGCGGCUUGUCUGCGGUAUCCUUUUGUCUUCCCCUGUUCUCAGUACAAUUUACAAGAGGACAAUUUGGUUAAAGUGAAUCUCAAACAAGAGUUGAAGAAUUGUUUUAAAGAGGAUAAAUUUUGGUUAUCACUGGUGGAAGAUCCCAUGGAACAAUCAUCUAUAUUGUCCAAAUUUAUCAAGGAUAGAAGUUUAAGUUUAAUAUGCCUACCAUUGCUGUUUAAUCCAAACAUAAAAGUGAAAAAAUCCCCAGCAAGUGAACCGUCAGAAGCAGUGAUUACACCACCAGCCAAUGUAUCUGUGAGACGCCGUAAAUCAGUGAGUAUCAAACAGAUGUUGAAUAUUGGUAAAAAUAGAGAAAGUAUCGCAGAAACCUCUCCCUUGAGAUCAAAUUCCGAGGCAUCCACAACAUCCAAUACUUCUAUCAACGGUAGAUUUUUCAGAAGUGAAUCUUCGUCAGUGCCACCAUCCAAAUUAGAUCAUGUUGAUGUGAAUAAAAAGACUAAAAACAUCAGAAGUUUGGCAUACAAAAUUAUCUGCGUAAUCCAAGUCCAUUUUAUCGGCAAACCUAUCAUAGAUCAAUCGUUGGCUCCCUUCUUCAAAAGUGUUCUUGCAUCCUUUCAAUCGGAACAAUCGGUCAAAGAAGGAACUCCUUCAAGUAGUGACAGUUCAGAUACUAGAUCUUCAACGACUACAAGAGAAUAA